AUGAGAGGCGUGCCACAGACCCACCUUCUGGCCUUCUCCCUCCUCUGCCUCCUCUCAAAGGUGUGUGCCCAGCUGUGCCCGACGCCGUGUGCCUGCCGCUGGCCACCACCCCGAUGCCCACUGGGGGUGCCCCUGGUGCUGGACGGCUGCAGCUGCUGUCAGGUGUGCGCACGGCGGCUGGGGGAGCCUUGCGACCAUCUCCACGUCUGCGACCCCAGCCAGGGCCUGGUCUGCCAGCCCAGGGCGGGCCCUGGUGGCCGUGGGGCCGUGUGCCUCUGGGGAGAGGAUGAUGGGAGCUGCGAGGUGAAUGGCCGCCUGUACCGGGAUGGGGAGACCUUCCAACCCCACUGCAGGAUUCUCUGCCACUGUCAGGACGGCGGCUUCACCUGUGUGCCCCUGUGCACUGAGGACGUCCGGCUGCCCAGCUGGGACUGCCCGCACCCCAGGAGGGUUGAGGUCCCUGGCAAGUGCUGCCCUGAGUGGCUGUGCGACCAGCGAGGGGAGCUGGGGGUCCAGCCCCUCCCAGCCCAAGGACCCCAGUUUUCUCGCCUUGUCGCUCCCCCACCCCCUGGUGCCCCCUGCCCAGAGUGGAGCACGGCCUGGGGCCCCUGCUCAACCACCUGUGGGCUGGGCGUGGCCACUCGGGUGUCCAACCAGAACCGCCUCUGCCGACUGGAGACCCAGCGCCGCCUGUGCCUGCCCAGGCCCUGUCCACCUGCCAGGGGCCGUGGCCCGUGGAACAGUGCCUUUUAG